UUUGUACAUUUUUGCAAUCAGGGAAUCCGUACAGAGAAUAAACCAGAGUGUGGAAAGAGCUUCACUGAAACCGGAGGUCUGCAUUCAUAUCCAAGAACCCAUUUUUUGGAGAAACCCUAUAAAUGCCUGGAGUGUGGGAAGAGUUUCACUCAGAGGGCACAUCUACAAUCACAUCAGCGAAUUCACACUGGGGAGAAACCCUAUAAAUGCCUGGAGUGUGGGAAGAGCUUCUCUGAGAGUGGUAAUCUACGUUCGCAUCAAAGGACGCACACAGGGGAGAAACCCUAUAAAUGCGUGCAGUGUGGGAAGAGAUUCACUCAGAAUGGUCAUCUACGUUCCCAUGAAAGGACUCACAUUCAGGAGAAACUGUAUAAAUGCAUGCAGUGUGGAAAGAAUUUCACUCAGAAUUCUUAUCUACGUCGCCAUCAAGAAACUCACACUGGGACAAAUUCAUAUGUAUGCUUGGAAUGUGGAAAGAGCUUCACCUUCAGUAGAAGUCUACAUCAACAUCAAAAAACCCACACCAGGGAGAAGCCCUAUAAAUGCAUGAAAUGUGGGAAAAGCUUUGGUUAUGAAGGCGGUCUGGCUGAGCAUCAGAAGAUCCACACUGGGGAAAAACGCUUUACAUGUCCGCAGUGUGGAAACAACUUCCGUAGUAGUUCUGCCCUCAAAUCACACCAGAAGGUUCACACUGGAGAGAAACUCUAUGCAUGUCCCGAAUGCGGAAGACGCUUUGCUCAUAAGUGGGACCUAAUUGUACACCAGAGGGUACACACGGGGGAAAAACCAUACAAAUGCUCUGAUUGUGGGAAGACCUUCCAUCAGAGUCCACACCUCAUCGUGCACCGAAGAGUUCAUAUGAGGGAGAAGCCCUACCAGUGUCCUGAAUGUGGAAAAUCCUUUACUCAGAGAAGCCACCUUACCACCCACCAGAGAAUCCACACAGGAGAGAGACCUUAUCCCUGCACCGUGUGUGGAAAGGCUUUUAAAACGGGGACGGCCCUUGAGCAUCACCAAAGAACUCACACUGGAGAGAAGCCCUAUACGUGUCUGGAGUGCGGGAAAAGCUUCACUCAGAGUGCAACCCUUUUUACACAUCGGAAAAUCCACACUGGGGAGAAGCCGUAUUCCUGCUUUGAGUGCAGAAAAAGCUUCAGAAGUGGGCCGGAACUCACUUCUCACCAGAGGAGCCAUUCUGGGGAGAAACCCUAUCAAUGCUCUGAGUGUGGACAAAGAUUCAGUCACAGUACAAGCCUUGCUGGGCAUAAGAAAGUUCACAAAAAAGGGAAACUAUAGACAGACUUUGCGUGAGGGGAAAUAAAUACUCUUCUGCAUCUCAUGUGUCCAACUUAAGGCUAAAUCUGGGCUACCAUGUCAUUGUAUUGAUUCAGUAAUGUAGAUGCCCUCUUAGUUCUACGAGUAACCACACAUCUUAUUAUAAAAUCCAUGCAGGAGAGGAGACAGUUUUGCAUGUAGUUGACAUCUUAGGAAAGAAUAUACACAGCUGAAAUAUUUUGAAAUAAUUGCAUAUAUAUUUUUAAUAAAAGAGUGACCUUA